AUGUAUUUUAUGUUUUCAGAUAAUUCCGAAACGACGAGUAACCCGGUGGACUCAUGGGUAUGCUUCGAUGCUUGUUUCGAGUAUCGGCCGAACAAUAGUUUUGUCAUUCUCCGAAGGUAUCCCAAUCGUAACGAAUCUUUUAACGUUAGUUCGAUGAUACCAGAAAUAACCAAGAACGAUAAUGAAAUUUUAUGCGAAUUUAUCAACGAUAACGUUGAAUUUAAUAACUCAAAUGAUACCGAUGAUAAUGAUGAUGAAACUUGUCGAAGUAUUUUAACACCUUUGAGUUUUUGGGGUGCAAACAUUGUUGUAUUCGCUAACGUGAUCUACAUUCUACCGUAUCUUAUCGUUGUCUUGAUUUAUUCUACUGUAUCGGGACUACGUAAACGAGCUUACGACAGGGCCGUACUCUGUUACAACAUUUUGCAAAUCGUCUUAAACUUAAUACUGAUCGCCAUAGGGUUGUCUUUACUAUGUCGUGUCAGCCUGUAUUUCUCGGUUUAUACUGUAUCCUGCUUGGCCCUGAUGUUUCUAUCGAUAUCUUCAACAGUCUGGCUCUUCGUCAUUUGCAUCGACAUGACCCUGGUCAUCACCAGAUUCCGCUGGAAGCCAUCAUCCGAUCCCAAACAGUAUAGGACUCAAGAAAGACGAAAGUUCUUGAUAUUCUCCGCUUGGGUUUGGGGAAUAUCCUUCGUACCAACAGCUAUUGCUACUAUCGUUGAACUAUCACCGUUAGUACCAAAUAAUUCACCAUUCAAACCAAAUUUUCAUCAUUUUUCUAAUGGUCCUAAUAUUGCUGUUAUUGUCUAUGUUGCUACUAUACCAUUUAUCAUUUGUUUAAUGAACAGCAUGCUAUUUGUUUAUACCACUUAUAAAAUAAUCAAAAUAAGAAAGUCAACUGCCAUUGCUAGCAAGAAUACGACUAAAGCAAAAGAAUCUUAUUUUAUGUUUCUCAAACUUUACUUUCUGAUGGAUGCACCAUGGAUUACCAGUGCUCUUGGUGCCAUUUACACCGAAUUAUGGUUGUUUAAAUUUUUUAGAAUGAUUCAACCGAUCUUAAUGCUGAUCGUUAUCUUACCAAAAAAUUCUUUGAAGAAUAGUUGUUGUAGGUGUCCUUUUUGUAAAUCCAAAUCUAUUAAUGUUGAUGAGGAGAAUGGGGAAGUUGAAAAGUGUUGUUCAUCUUGUUUUGUAAAAUAA